CUCUCUCUUUUUUUUACAUUGUUUUCUCCCUCUCUCUUUAUACAAUGCCUCAGUAUUUUAAUACGACAGAUGACUGGCUAACUCUAAUAGGUGCUUCAUUAGCGUUACUUGCUCUAGCUAUGGUACCUAUUUGUAUAGGAUCAUCCAUUUCGCUUCAAAUGAUGAAGACGCCGUCCAAGAAAAAGAUUAUGUUUGCUAAUACAAUGGAUGAAGAUGAAGUAAAGACUCAGGUGCUCUCUUCUCGUCACGCUCUUUUUUUCCCUAUUGUCGGAUUUAUUGCUCUCUUUUACACCUAUUUGGCGCUCAAGGCGAUUGAUCCGGAGUAUAUUAAUGAAGGUAUAGCGAUCAUGACAUCCAUUCUAUCUACUGCUUUGAUGUCAAACACGAUCCUACUCGUUGCCAAGAACAAUAUUCCUAACCAAUGGUUGGAAAAAAUCGAUGACUAUCAAUUUAGCUUUAGUCGACGAGGUCAGGCCAUGUGCGAACUUCAUGUCACUGUGAUUCAUUUAUUCAUAUUUGCCAUUUCUAUUGCGUUUUCUAUUACCUAUGCUGUCACUCAACACUGGGCAAUUGGUGACCUCUUUGCUGUAUCACUUAUCAUCAAUGCUAUUGGAUUCCUCACCGUCGAUUCCUUCUGUACAGGCUUUAUUCUUCUAUGCGGCAUGCUAAUUCAUGAUCUACUCUGGCUUUCGGGAUCAGAAACCAUUGUUGGAAUAAUAGAAAGCUUUUCAGGCGCUCCUACCAACAUCGUUUGGCCCAGGUACAUUGAAACGUUUGUCCUCAACAAGCUGGUUCAAGAAAAUCAGUUGUUUACUACGUUCAGUAUCACGGAUAUCAUCAUCCCAGGCAUCUUUGUAGCUUAUUGUUUACGUUUUGACAGAGAAAGGGCAUGGAAUAAGGGCGUGACAAGUGAUGAGUUUGAUAAACCAUUUUAUAAUGCUGCCGUGGUGGCCUAUGCUGCAGGAGCUGGCGCUUCUAUCAUUGCCGUUCAUUUAACGAAAAGGGCCCAAUCAGCACUGCUUUACAUUACCCCAGCUUUACUCCUUUCCGUUCUGCUAACUGCUAUCAAAGAAAGAAACCUCCGUGAAGUGACCGACAUGGCUCCUUUCAUUCAAUCAAUCAAGAAGCUUAAUUUUAUGGCAGAACGUGACGAAAGACCGGAGCGAUUUGUCCCCAGGUCACCAUCCACGAGUGGUAAGAACGGUAAAAGCCGUAGCAGUAAGACUGGUAGAAGCAGAACAAGGAGCGUGAGUAAAGGAAAACGUACGAGGAGCAAGACAAGCAAACCGGUAGAUGCCACUUUACCAGCUUCUACCGGAAUCUCUGAUAUAGAUGUCACUGUGCGGUCAUCUCCUGAAAGUACCAAACAGGGUAUAGUGAAUGGCCAUGAACACCAAAUCACAUCUGAUAACUCAAGGAAGAGAUACUCGAGUAGAAUCAGCAAAAAGAAACAAUUAGAAGACUAUAUUGAAACAGCUUAAGGCCUCGCUUUACACUUAGAAAUAUAUAUAUAUUUUUACCUCCUCUCUUUAUUCUAAAUAACUAAUCUGAACAAACCAGCAGAAAUAAACACUUGAAGCUACUUUAAUGUCCAACUUGUUUCUUGUUUGCCAGGUAUCUUGUUU